UAUUUAAAAAGUGUUGCAGCAUUUAAUGUAUUAUAUGUGUUCUGCUUUGAAAAAUACAAUUUGGAAAAAUAUGGGCUGAUUUUCUGAAACAAAACACCUGAGAUGGAUUUCACCGAGGCGAUUUUAUCCUUCGACAGUUCUUCUGCAGAAGAUUGCAUUUUGCAAUACCACGAUUAUAUAAUUCCACAAGAUGGUUUGUUCUGCAAUUGGACCUGGGACUCCUUACUAUGUUGGCCACCAACAAAGGCCAAUUCUGGCAUCAAACAAAAAUGUUCCCUGGUCAAGGGCCAACGUGGAUUGGACCCAACAC